CGCAGCUAAUGCUACGUCAUGGUGACGUCACUAUCCAAGAUGGCGAUAUUUGCGUGGCAAUAUCAUGGGCAGUGUUAGCAGAAGAGGGACGGUGGGAGUGCAAAAGAUUGACCUGGAUACCCAAGUUCCUUCUCUUCAGUCCAGUUUGGCUUCUUCUCUGAUUUUCACCAGAAAUUUUUGAUAACUGAACCAUAAAAACACCACCAACAAGAACGUUUUGGAUUGCAGCUGAGAUCUCAAUCAGCAGAGCUAAAAUGUGCUGACAGGAAGAAAAGCAUUUGGAUGACAUUCACUUUCAUCAAUCAAGGCUAUGAAAUGAGUUCUUCAGAAGAGGUGAGUCAAAGCAGACGGACGCAGACCGGAGCAGAACUCACCAGUGUCAGAACUGUGGAAAAUCUUUCAGUCGGCUAUGUAGUCUAAGAAGACACGAACUCACUCACACUGCAGAGAAAAUGUAUUGCUGUGAACAAUGUGGCAGCAGUUUUAGUCAACUAAAUGCAUACGAGCUACACCUGCAUACCCACACUGAAGAAACACCAUUCUGCUGCGACCAGUGUGGAAGGCAUUUCAGCAACCAGAGGUCGUACAGAAAACAUCUGCGUGACCACACUGGACCAUACCAGUGUGAGCAAUGUGAAAAGAGUUUCAGUUACUUCAGUAUUUACAAGAUACACAUGCGCGUCCACACUAAAGAAAAGCCAUAUUGCUGUGACCAGUGCCCAAAGAGUUUUAGUUUUUUAAGUUCAUACAAGCGACAUCAGCUCAGCCACAGUGGAGAGAAGCCGUACCAGUGUGACUUUUGCGGAAAGAGUUUCACCCAGUCAGGGCAUUUCAGUCUGCAUCUGCGUAACCACACUGGAGAGAAACCAUAUGAGUGUGACCAAUGUGAAAAGACUUUCAGUGACAUAAGUAGUUACAAGAUACACAUGCGUGUCCACACAGGAGAGAAACCGUACUGCUGCGAACAGUGUGGGAGGAGUUUCUCUCAGUUAGGUAAUUACAAAUCACAUAUGCGGAUCCACACUGGAGAAAAACCAUUCCGCUGUGAGCUAUGUGACAAGAGUUUCUCUAUUUCAAAAACGUACAAACAACAUGUGCGAACUCACACUGGAGAGAAACCGUACCAUUGUAAAGAAUGUGGGAAAGGAUUCAGUCGACUAAGCAACUACAUGCGCCACCUUCGUAUCCACACUGGAGAGCAACCAUAUAGUUGUGACCAAUGUGGGAAAUGUUUCAAUAGUUCAUAUAGUUACAGCCGGCAUCUGCGUGUCCACACUGGAGAGAAACCAUACUGGUGUUCACAGUGUAAGAGGCUGUUUACUCGAUCACAGUCGUUAAAGAAACACCGCUGUGUUGAAUUAGAAGAAGACAGUUUGACUGUGUGUAACAAAGAAGCACAAGUGAGCUGCUCACCAAAAGAACCAACAAAAUAAACUACAGUGUGUGUUUGUGGUAAUGAAGGAACAUGUUACCCAGUGCACCUGUGGUGGUGGUUUUGUUUUUUGGGGAUUUUUUUACCUUUAUGUGAGAGAGGACAGUGUAUAGAGACAGGAGAUGAAGGUGGGGAGAGGCAACAUGCAGCAAAAGGCCGCAGGCUGGAUACGAACCCAUGGGCUACGUGUUCUACCUAGUGGACUAACCACGCCCCUUUUUGUUGUGUUUUUAAUAGUUUUUGGACUAAAAUGCAGCUCAGUGGCACAGAUGAGAUCAUACUGUGAUACACAGUAAUAGGACACAUAUUGUUGCUUUCAUUGGAUUUUAUGACACAUGGUAAAAUAUGGAAUAUAUCACUAGACAUAUCCUUUAGCAAGUCUCUACACUCUGUCUGAGAUUAUGAAUAUGCUUGAAAGAUAUUGAAAUGGCACAGAGUGUGAGGUUUUUAAUAAACUUCCAAAUGUGUGACUUUAUCAAAGACAUGGGGAAUGACGCUGUUACAAAGUGAAUUGAGUCAUUUGAUCUUAUUUGGUCAUUGCUGAAGUUUUCUAGCCAGCUAUCUUACUGAUGUUGAUGACACAGCUCAUGUUAAAAUUUGUUUGUGGCAUUAAUAUUAGUAACUCAAAGGGACUGUGAUUGUUGACUGUAGAUAUAACACCAUUAAGGCCAACAUUUUAAUAUGUUGUCAAAGUCAGGACCUGUCUGUAAGCACCAGGCCUGGGUCCACAACUGAGCCGCAGUGUCCCUGUUAAAGCUGUGGUUAUUUGUCUUUUUAUCAUCCAUUCAUAGCUGUUUUCAUCAGUCAUAAUUUGUGCCCAUCAUUUGAGAACAUCCUAUAGACUCAGUAAAACAUCACUGUCGGCAUCACUGAAGAACAAAGACAUGUCCACUGUGAUAAGAUUCACGUUGGAGGAAUAUGACUUUGAUUAUAGUUAUUAGGAAGCACAUUUCAUUAAUGUUAAAUCCGUUAUUGGAUACUUUAUGUGUAAAGAAUAUUUAGUUGUUAUUAUUUAAUUGUCAAUCUUUUUGAUCUUCUUUAUUAAAAAUUGGAUAAUAUACCAAAGGUUGAAAAUGUAUUGAUGUAUAAUUGAAUAAUGUCUUAUUUUGUGGGCUUGAGCGGUAUCAAGGUAUUACAGUAAACCAGGGUAUUUAGAAAUCCCAAAGGUAUGAUUUUAGUAACACAGACACACCUCUGUCUUAAAGAUUGAUCAAAUUGGCUCUUAGAUUGUUUAUUUUUUUGUGCGCUUACCGUAAAACGUUUAUUUAUAGCCCAGGCUUUUAUUUGCUAAAAUUCUAUAUUAUUCUAUCUAGCUCCUACAGGCGGCUUAUGCGCUUUUAUUUUGAAGACAGCAACGUAACAAAAACAACAACAUGGAGCAGGAUGAGAGAAGUGUGGCAGAAGUUAGCAGACAGAGAGCGAUGGACUUCACUUGAUAGGAUUCCCAACUUAACUUAACAUCCAAAGAACUUCUAUAAAAACCAGACCAGGUCGCUUUGUUUCUGGUUUGAAACCCUUAUAUCAUGUUUAUUACAGCCAUGUGUAAUGUCAACUUCUGACAUAACUACGCUCCAAACCAGCCGAUGGAAAUGCACAUAUUUCGCAUUUAUUUUUUUUGCGAUAUUUCCGAUACAGUUAGAUGGAAACAUGGCUAAUGUUCAGACCUCACUGUUGGCUGAUCAUUUUCAGUAAUAAUAGUUAAGCGAAAGUGUUUACAACAACGUUCUGAGGUGUUUAUUUUGCCAGAACCCACUCAAUGUGUAAUUUGUUAUCCCUGUGUUUUUAUAUAGUAUUCUGUAUAUAUGUAGUUGUUUUAGUAAAGAUGUUGUUAAUAAUGGUUCCAAAAUGCAAGUUCAACCUUACAGCUGGAAACAUUUGUGGAUAGUGGAUAGUGAUGACUCAGCACCAGGAACACCAUAGAGGAAUACCUGCAAACAUCAAAUAACAGCUGGAUUGAUGUUCAUCGGAGUACGUCUUGUAUCAUUUCCUUUUUGUACGUGGUCAAUUACAUGAAAUCCACAUAAACUAACAAAUCUCUGAAUAUGAGUGAAUAGUAUGUGGUCUAUUAGUAUGUAGGAUUGUACUGUGAUACUAUGGAAGAUGAAAAGUUAUUUACCAAUACCAGUAUAUAAACAUGCUGUAAAAUAAACAAAUUAUUGAAUUAA